CCACGAGGGACGAGAGCCCUGUUGUCUCGUGGGAAUAUCGACAAACUCAUGCGGCCGGCUCCAUCGCCCAGAUUGAUUCUGCAGCCACCAACCGACCUUUGGUCCCCUGGAUGCCUUGCGAGCUGCCUUGCGCCACUUUUCAAACUGUUUCCUCAGUGAUCGGGCGACCGCCGAGACAUUUCUGGCGACCCUUCAAACCGAAACACUCACCAACUCAUCCAGCAUCUGAUCAAAUCCUAUCACCAACCCCGCUCUUUCGUCUCAAUCAACUACCUACAUAUUGCAAACAUCCCCCUUUCCUUUUCCAGGCAUGGCCAGCCCCAACGAUAAUAGCCUACUGGACCGCCUGAGCGCGCUGAAGGGCGGGAUAGGUUCCGGAGUGUCAUUCAACCGAUCAUCAAAUGCACUGAAGGUCUCACUCACGGGCAUCGAGCCAGCAAAGCCGGCCUCGAAAGAAGAUGCACUGGCAGCUAGACUGCGGUCUCUGAGGAAUACUCCAGAGCGCGAGGAGUCUCGUCUUACUGCGCAGCCACAGGCCGCAAAGGUCACCGCAAACUCUCAUCUCGGUCACCAAAAGACCUACCUCACCCGCGGAGAACCCGCAAGCUUGCCAUCCACGUCUCGAGACUCCGCCCGGCUGCCUCGCACAGAGCCUGCGACGGUUGCACCGCCCCAGACAUCCUCCAGAUCGCCCGCGCCGUCGCCCGCGCCGGCCCUGCCAGCCGUCCACGCGGAAUCGGAGGACGAUGUUGAUCCCCUUCUGCGGACGGACGAUAAGACACUUGAAGAUCUUCUUAGCGACGAAGAUGUCCUUGAUGUGUCUGCUCCGCAAAGCCGAUGGCGUUUCGACCCCAAGUCUGAGUCCGCCAAGGUGAAUUCCCUUCUGGAAGAGCUCUCCAAGACUUCUGUGGAUCAGCGGGCCCUGUCUCGGAAGGGUUCUGCUGGCGAGUGCGAAGGGGCGCGUGAUGCCCAUAGUGACGAUGAAUCCGACGGCGAAGUGAUGAGCCGUGAGGUGGAGAAUCUACUCUCCCAGGCUCUUGAUGAUGCGAAGUUGAAUUCCCGAUCCGAGAAAAUGCCUGGCCCGCCUAGCCCAGGCAGAAGUCAAUCUGCUCCCGGUCAUGAGAACCACAGGUUCUCACAGGACGACAAUGAGGGUGACGGCGACGGUGAUUUGGGGCUCUCUCUCCCGUCUGUGCCCUCGACCUUCGCGGCGCCAAAGGCAGACGACGACGGCCCAGGCGGCCUCUCUCUUCCCUCUGUACCCUUGGGCGCGCCAAAACACGACGCCGAAUCUGAUUUCGACAACGACAUCACCGCACGUAUGGCUGCCCUGGGCGGUCUGGGUUCAUCGUCCGAUGCCAUGGGGUUGCCCUCGGCCCCUACGUUCCAGCCUACUGAUCGCGCGGCGAAGCGGCUGACCUCCAAGACGGGAUACACCGACGAGGACGCCGAGACGUGGUGUACGGUGUGUCUGGAGGAUGCCACGCUGCAGUGCCUGGGCUGCGAGGAUGUGUACUGCGCGAGAUGCUGGCACGAGAUGCAUGUCGGCCCCGCCGCAGCCUUCGACGAUCGAACGCACAAGGCAGUCAGGUUCGUCAAGCCCAAAAAGGACAACCAGAGGAGAGUUAUGCUGGGGACUUCAUGAAGGAGACGAGACGAAAUAAAAUAUUAAAGCAUUCUGUGUCGUUUACAAGUAUUACAAACCCGGGCCCUCCCGUCGCCGUGUGCCAUGACAAAAUAGUGAUCAAAUACAAGUCCCACGCUUCCUUCCUUAGACCAUUUCCUUACAUGCGAUUAUGCUUGUUUUCUAACCUGUGUUUUCGCCGGCGUUUCCUUCCGACCUCCAGUGGCCUAGUGCU